CAUCGAAGCCCCGCCCAUUUGUUGUUUCCGUCUAUCCACGAUGGCGCUGCCCGUGAACAUCGGAUCACUGUUCCAAUCAGAAAUAAUAGAGGAAAAUGUCGACAAAGAUGAGGGUGUUUGUGUUUUGGGCAUAUUUGGGAAAAGCGCAAUGCAACCUGGAUCGGUAAAACAAUCUCUCAUAAACAUCUUGGCCGAUAAACACAUCUUUUCUUUCUUCGGAACCAACGAGACUGACAGCACAGGCGGGGGAUCAUCGAUCCAGGCGUAUUAUAAUCAGGAGAGCCGCGUGCUGUAUUUGAUAUUAACAUCUGUUUUUGAUAACCGCCAACUCAUUCAGGCAUGUGAGUCGUUGACGGUGGGUUUGGGUCACUCGGAAGCGUACGAGUUUUGGAAAGCGGCAGAGAAGGAUAACUCAUUGCAGUUAUUGUACCUGUUCUCACUAUGCCAUGUUCUUCUGCUGGUUCAUCCCACCUGUUCGUUUGACGUUACUUACGACAGACUGUUCCGCGCGUUGGACGCGCUGCGUCAAAAAGCUCUCCCGCUGCUGCGCGCCGCGAUCAAAGACUCGCCUGUAUCCAAAGAAUGGAAGUUGAACUGCAGGCCGUGUCCUCCGCGUCUGCUGUUCGUCUUCCAAAUGAACGGGGCGCUCAGGGUGGCAUCUUCUGGGAUCGGUGGGAAUGGCACUGAUGGUUCUGGCGUGGAUAAACCCAAAAAACACUCCCCUAGAAGGCGUCUCCAGCAUGCACUGGAAGAUCAGAUAUAUAGGAUAUUCAGAAAAAGUCGCGUACUAACCAACCAAAGUAGUAACUGUCUCUUUACUGUCCCUGCCAACCAGGCAUUUGUUUAUGUAGUGCCAGGUCCCGAUGAAGACCUGAUCGGCUCUCUGCUGGGACACCUGCGAUCCAACUGUGUUCUGCGAGAGAACGAAGGUGGCACACCUCUACCUGGUCAAAAAAGAUACCAGCAGAUGAGGCAUUCAAACAGGCAGCCUUCUUUCAAUGUGGAAAGCAGCCUGUCUUCAGGAGGACAGUUAGUGGACUGCACUUUAAAAGAGUUCCUUUGGCAGCACGUGGAGCUCGUCCUGACCAAGAAAGGCUUCGAUGACAGUGUGGGUCGCAAUCCGCAGCCAUCGCAUUUCGAGCUGCCCUCUUAUUCCAAAUGGGUCCAUGUGGCAUACAAACUUCAUCAGGUGAUGAUAGAGAACAGUAAGGAUGAAGCUGCUGAGCUCUCCCUCAAGGUGCAGGGUCAGCUUAAGGUACUCGAGGGGUUUCUCGAUGCAGAUGCCAAGUUUUCAGAGAACAGGUGCCAGAAAGCCUUGCCCCUGGCUCACAGUGCGUACCAGUCAAACCUUCCUCACAAUUACACCACCACGGUGCAUAAGAAUCAGCUGGCACAAGCGUUGCGCGUGUAUAGCCAGCAUGCAAGGGGAGUUGCCUUUCAAAGAUACGCCUUGCAGCUUCAUGAGGAUUGCUACAAAUUCUGGAGUAAUGGGCAUCAGCUUUGCGAGGAGCGAAGCCUUACAGAUCAGCACUGUGUGCACAAAUUUCAUCUGCUGCCAAAGCCAGGAGAGAAACCAGAAAUGGAUCACAAUCCACCCAUUCUAUACCACAACAGUAGGGGUCGCUCUACAAGUUCUUGUAACUGUGGCAAAAAGCAAUCUCCAAGGGAAGAUCCUUUUGACAUUCAGGCUGCCAACUAUGAUUUCUAUCAGAUGCUUGAAGAAAAAUGCUGUGGAAAGUUGGAGAGGAUAAAUUUCCCAGUGUUUCAAGCCAGCACACCCGACCCGGCACCUGCCAGUGAUGAAAUACACACACCAGUGGAUGUCCCCGUACCUCCUUCAGGAGAAGUUGAACGUCUAAAGGAAAAAGAGACGAACACGCACACACCUGGCGAGAGCACGAGUUUGAGCCUCGCUCUUAGUUUGGGUCAAUCUACUGACAGCCUUGGAACAUACGGUGAUGGAGCAGAAGGCCAGGAGAAGAGACCGAGUUUGGUAGACAGACAGCCCUCCACAGUUGAGUUUCUUCCUGGUAUGCUUCAUUCGGGAUGCCCAAAGGGACUGUUGCCUAAGUUCUCCAGUUGGUCUCUUGUUAAGCUCGGUCCUGCUAAAGCCUACAACAAUCUUACCGGUUUAGAUCAACCUGGGUUCCUCCCUGGUUCUUCCUUUCUUUUGCCAUGGGAUGUUGUUAUCAGGAGCAGAUCCGAGGAAGAUGUGGGAUCAAUUGAACCUCUAGAUGGAGGUCCAGCCUCAUGGCCGGCUCCAAAUAAAGCAUCGGCCGGAAAGCGAGGCAGCGCUGGGGGAAUAGGACGUGGCCGCAGACGGGAUGAUGUAGCUCGUGCUUUUGUUGGUUUUGAAUAUGAGGACAGCAGAGGGCGCCGCUUCCUUAGUUCUGGACCUGAUAAAGUAGUAAAAGUGCUCGGGCAAGGUGGGCCAAAGGAGCCUGCGACCAGAUGCUUGAAUUCAGACAUGCCUUUGUACCAUCCCUCUCUGCCCCAAGGGAGAGGCAUAAAGCCACACUAUGCUCAGCUGGCACGCCUUUUCAUAGUGGUUCCGGAUGCUCCUCUUGAGAUUGUCCUUAACCCACAGGUCCAGCCAGGCCCCCCUCCCUGUCCUAUCUUUCAUCCGGAGCAAGCUGAGAUUGUACUGCCCCCUGAUGGACUCUGGGUUUUACGCUUCCCAUAUGCCUACGUGACAGAUCGUGGACCCUGUUACCCUCCUAAAGAAAACCAGCCGCUUGCAAACUACAGGGUGCUGAAGGGCACUCUGCGUGCCAACACGACCACUUCAACUCCACAGUAA